AUGCGACGUUGGGACUUGCACGCCAUCACCCCGGCCGAGUACCUGGACGUGAGCGCGAGCGUGCUCCACCCGCUGAGCUACCAGCAGGCCAGGAACUACAACCUCCCCGUGGAGGGGGUCUACCUUGCACAGGCCGGUUACAUGCUAGAGCGGGCGUGGAUCUCGAGCCAGUGCCUCAUCACGUCCAUCGGCUCCGACCCCACACCGGACCUCGACGCGUGCGAGGCCGCCUUGUGCAAGCAUGCUGACGGGGCGCGUGUGUCGGUGAGGUACAAGGCACUGGGUGAUCGCCACCGGACCAAGACGGCGGUUAUCACCAUCGACAGGAAGUGGGAAGCGGCCGGGGACGGGAUUUCUUCGAGUCUGGUCAUGGUCGUCUUCGACAUACCCCACUUGGUGGACGGCGUAUCCGGAAGCUACUGCAUCGGCGUGGGCGUCAUUGUGGAUGCGGAGCUCGGCCUGGUGGUCGUGGACAGGAACACGGUUCAGGUCUCCCUUGGCGACGUCAUGCUCACCUUCAACGGCAGCGAGGAAGUUGCGGCGCGUCCGAUCUUCUCGCACCCCACCCAGAACUUCGGCGUGGUGCAGUUCGACCCUUCCCUCAUCAGCGGCUCGUUCACGGCAGCCGUCCUCUCCUCCAGGGAGACCGAACACGAAGACGAGGAUAAGGACCAGGACUUGCAAGAAGAAGACAGCGACGUCGAAGGCGGCGACGACAACGUCGACAGUGAUGACAACGGCAAGAACUGCGUCGGCGGCAACGCCGAGCCUGGCGAUGCUGAGGACGGCGGCGAGAACGAGAGCGGAGGGAGCGGCGGCAACAGCUGUGACGGAGGGAAGGUUACCGCCGACAAGACCGCCGCUGCCGACGCCACCGCGGCCACCGCUGACGGCGACAGCAAGGACAAGGAGGAACGAGAGGCACCGACGGCGGGCACCACCGCAACACCACCACCAACGGCGCAGCUCGACAGUAGCAACAGCAGCAGCUGCCGCAAGCAGAGUUCCGCAAUCACCAGCACUGCCGCAGUCGCCGGUGGCGGCGGCAGCGACGCAGCAGACACGCCUCCUCCGCUAAGACCCGGGGACAUGGCGGAGUUCUACGGGCUGACGGCGGCCAACGCUCCCGUUCGGCAGCGGGCGGCGGUGGUCAAGCUGGAGAGGCUCUCGCUGGCAUCGUCCGCACACCCCCAGUUCACCGCCCACACCGUCGAGGUUUUGCAGUUCGACCAGAUCGCCAGCUGCAUCGGCGGCCUCUUCAUCGCCGUCCCCCGCUCCGACGCGGCAUCGCCGUCGCCGCCGUGGACGGGAGGGGACGCCAAGGACCCGUCCCCGGGUAAAAGGAAGUCCGUCCCCGUGGUGUCGGCGUUCUGGCACUCGUUCGCCUUCUCCACCACCGACGGCAGGAAGCAGACCAUGCGCGGCCUGCCCGCCCCCGUGGUGCGGCGGGCAGUAGAGCGCCUCCGGCGGGACCUGCUGCUCGGCAAGGCGGCGGAGGAGGAGGGUGGCUCUUCGGUUGAGCACGAGAUGAUAAAUAAGCAGCAGCAGCAGCAGCAGGAGGAGGAGGAGGGGCAAGAGAAGCGUGUGCUUGCCGACAACGACAGCGGUGUUGGCGUUGACGGGCGACCCGCGGAGGAGGACCUCGACGCGGCAGGGGCGGAGGCAGAGCGAGUGCUCGCGGCGGCUGCAGCGCAAGUGGCAACAGCAGUAGCAGCAUCAGCAGCAUCAGCAUCGGCAGCUCCAGCAACAGCGGCGGGAGCACCGGAAGUGGCAGCAGCAGCGGCGGGAGCGCCGGAGGUGGCAGCAGCAGCGGCACCGGUAUCGCGAGGAACCCCGCGAGCGAACGAGGGCGCGGCAGCGGCAGAAGCAGCAGCAGCAACAACAACAACGGUAACAGCGGAGGCAACGGACAUCGAAAGAGAUGUAGACACCGCGGCAACGGCAGCAGUAGCAGCGGGAGACUCGGAGGGGGGGGGCGACCAGGAGGACCGAGCAGGAGGAGCAGCACCGGCGGCGGCGGCGGCGGGUGUCAGCGCCGAGGGGAGCGGGAGAAGUCUCCUCGGCGCUGCACCGUGUCUGCCGCUGCAGCUCGUGACCCUCGAGCUCAGCAAGGCGAGAGCGGGCCUCGGCUUGAGCGAGAAGUGGUCUCGAAGGAUCGAGAGGAAGUGCGGCGAACGGCGACAAAAGCAGGUGUUGGAAGUCCGGCGCUGCAUGGCCGGGACCCCCGCAUUCUCCGUGGUGGAGACGGGCGACAUCAUUCUUGCCGUCAAUGGCAAGCUCGUCACCAGAUUCAGGGAGGUGGAAGUGGCGGUGGAAGAGGGAGAAGGGUCGUCGGUGCGUCUGACCAUCCUCAGGGAGUUGGAGGAAAGAGAGCUCACGGUCAAGCCGUCGUACCUGCCUACUCGAGAGACGGAUCGCCUGUUCAUGUGGGCCGGUCUGAUGAUCCAAUCGCCUCACCUAGCCGUGCUUCAGCUGGGGUUUCUGCCGAAGGAAGGGGGCGGUGUUUACUCUUCCCGGUGGUGCUACGGAUCCCCCGCGCACAAGUACAGCCUUGGGUGCACGACCUGGAUCGUCGAGGUUAACGGUAUCCCCACUCCCAACCUGGAUGCCUUCCUGGACGUGGUGAGACAUAUCGGGGACAAGUCGCCUGCGAGGGUGAAGACGGUGGGCCUGGAUUCCAAGGUGGAGGUUACGACACUCCGCACGGACCACCACUACUGGCCUACCCUGGAACUCCGCCGCACCGGGGACGGUUGGACGAGGACGCUGCACAAGGGUGCCCCCGCGAUCACCACCAGCACGACCUCGGACACGGCUACCACCGCCGACACCGCCAGCGUCAGCUCCGCCAGCCCCGAAACCAGCUCCGUCGCCAGCACCAGCACGCCUGCUUCGUGUGAAAUUCCGGGGCUGGAGGCUGAUGCAGCCGAGGAGGGCGGCAAGGAAACAUUUGAGGACGACGCCGCCGAUCCCAACUCGAGUGAACUUCCGGCGGCGGGAGGUAGGGUGGCCCCGGUUCUCGGGCAAGAACAGACAGGUUCUACGGUGGAGGGGGACAAGGGUGGUGAUAUAGCGGAUACCGAUGGGCCCUCCGACGAGCAGACGGAGUGAAUAUGCCAAACGUCUUUCAACCUUUAGUCUGAUAUCAGCAGAGAAAAGGGGGCUUUUGGCGCUUCUGCCGGUCUUUGACUUGCAGGGGUUUGCCAUACCGUUGUUUUGUUUUGCGGGGGGCGGGGGGCGGGGUGCAUGCUCGAUCGCUAUUUUGUAGGAUGGUCGGCGGUAUCAGGUAUCGUAGAGUAUUGAGGGAAAUAUUGAGUUCUUGCUGCCUUGAUUGGGGGACCGUUGUGGGCAGACGUACAGCAGUCUGGCGAAGCUGUUUCAACUGGAGUGUCUCAUUUUUGGAUACAAUUAACUGAUGCGCGUUUUCCAAUGCUGUCUUUGAUUGUUCGGGAACAAAAUUGUAUGCGCAGAGCUUUUGAGGGAUUUCCCUCGCACCCGAAUGCCUUGCUAAACACGGGAUGGCUCUUGGCGACGUUGGUGUUCGAUGGAGAUGGUAGGGAAGAUCUCUAGUGACUGUGACAAGAGUAAGUGUUGCUUUUGCUUCGGUGGUGCUUUGGUUACCCCGGUGUGCAACGCCGUAGUUUCCUUCACGGGCGCGAGACAACUGUUUGUUCUCGAUGUCUUUUGUUGGAAGUAUUGAAGCUAGACUACAUGUACAGCAGUGUCGCACUUCCACAACAGCAACAGUGGCGCGCGAUGCUUUUGUGGUGCGUCGUACAAGGCGUUACCCCACCGGGCUCGGUGAAAGUAACUGACGUACGGCAGAGAGCGGAAUUCCGCGACACAGACGAUCCCUACAGCUUGGCCCUCGCUGUAUAUUCGGGUUUAUUUGGGGCAAAUGUUCAGUCGGUGGAGGGUUGGUGGGCACGUAAAUGCUCCGGUCGUGGGCAUGGUACGACAAUGUGAGCGCGCGAGCAGAGGUGGUGGGGGUGGAGGCAGCGGACAUGCGGUGGUGGUGUUGGUAUUCAUUGUCGGGCAUUUGGAGGCGGUUUUGGCACGGUUGUGUCCCACUGCAACGACGGUCGUGGUGGGAUUCUUGGUAAGUUGUUCCCAUGACUACGGAUGAACCAGGUUCCCCAAGAGCCAGACUGGUGUAUGAUACAUGCAACGUCAAAUUGUUCGGCGAUUGUUGCAGCAACAUGUAGUUUUUGGGAUAGGUUUGGAAGCACGUGGGACGAGGGAAGCCACAAUAUCGCGCUUUGGUGAGCGCGUUCUAGCGCAAACGUUUGGGCGAGGUUUGGCGGCACGGGCGGGGGGGAAAGUGAUGGUAACGCGCGUGUUGAGUGGACUCUUUAGUGCGACAAAGGGUGGUUAUCCGUCCUCCCACACUUUGUUCCCAGCUGCAUUGCCCCUGUCGGGCGUGAUUGCUUAUCCUCGUGUGUGUGUUUUGGUUCGAGAGUGGAGGUAUGGGGCUAGGACGGAACGUCGUUUGUGCCUUGCAUGCCCUAGGCGUUGGAAGCCGCAGAGCGUGCGCGGGGCACACCCAUCAUCAUUGACCAUCACCGUGUUCCCAUAGAGGAGACGCUUGUACCUUUUGGGAUAUACCCUAGCGUGUCGUGUUCGAUCCAUGUUUUCCAAUCGCUCCUGCUUAGUACGGGCUAAGCCGGGGCUUGUAAAGAAGGAACAAGUGAACAUGAGAGAUUUAUCUUUUGAACUUCGUGAGUGCAUCGACUUGUCCGCCCCAAGGGAGUUGGGGUGUGUCCUGAAGCGUGUUGAGAGUUCGACGUAUCAUGACGAGCAACGCUUGACGCCGUCUUGUACACAUUCUUCAGUUUUGCCUUUUCGCUGUUUUCGUGUGCGGGCUAUUUCACCACGUGUGUGCCGUUUUGUCUUUUUUGUUCUCCGUCAUGUGGUGAGCCAUGGGCAUCUUUUUGACUGACUGGUGAAGGCUAAGGAACUUGCGGUUGCCUAGAAAACCCUUCACAUUAAGUGUUUGAUUUUCAGAGGUGGGCGGGGUUGUAAUGUAGAUUAUUCUACUUGGAAAUGUUGAGAAUGAAGCACGUUACUAACUUAGCCUUCCCUCGAGCGUUUGUUCGAUGGACAAGCCCGGUUCAAAUGCCACGUUUGUGUCGAACAGGUGCGGUGAUGAAAGACUGGCCGCUCCCCGCCGCCCGAGAAGGAGGAGUGAACGACCCAGUCCUUUCCCGUGCUAUUUGGAGAUGAAAG